GCCGUCCAGUAACUCAGCGUGACAUAAACUGUCCGUAGUUUUGCAGUAAAAGCGUAUAAAUUAUAUUUUUUAUUGAAACCGAUGUUGUGUUGCGAAUUUUUAGUUCGUUGAAGUGUUAUGGACCAAAGUAAAGAAACAUCAAGUACUACACGACAAGAACAACCAAAGAUUUACGAUUCCAAAACUGAACGUACCUAUAACAUCAAUUCAAAUUAUUCAGAGAAUCACAAUUUAUUUCAAAUGAUCAAGUGUCAUGAAGACAGUCUUCUAAGACUUCAUCAUUUUACUGCUGGAAGACAAGCAGGAUCUUAUGAUCCCACAUAUCAGAACGAUUUAAGCUGGUAUUCCAAGGAUCUUCAGAGACAGUAUAUGAAACCUGUGGAUUAUUUAGCUUAUGAAGAUAUGAGACGAAAGAUCGAAGAAGCCAAAGGUGGGAAAGAAAAGGAAAUACCGAAAGAAAUUGAAGAAGAACGAGAGAAAGGAGAUGAGAGGAAGAAGCCUAGGAGGAACCGGACGACAUUUACCAGUCAACAGUUGGCAGCGUUGGAGAAAGUAUUCGAAAAAACUCAUUAUCCUGAUGCUUUUGUCAGAGAAGACUUGGCAGCAAGAGUCAACUUGACAGAGGCUAGAGUUCAGGUGUGGUUCCAAAAUCGUCGCGCAAAAUUCAGAAGAAACGAGCGAUCAGCUCUAUCUAAUCAUCGGGGUUCCACUACUCACAGUACCCCAGAACCAGUACCAGUGCCCAUCGGGAUACCGCACCAAGACCCUCGACAAGAAUACCCAAGAACAAAAGAACCUUGGCUUCAUCAUUUCCAAACGAAUAAUUUGAAUUUUAACCUUGGUAUUCCCAUUACAAAUCCAGGAUUGUACCAGAAUGAUUACUCUUUAAUGAUGCAGAACGUCAGUAACCGACAAUAUGUCCAAAACUCCAAUACACUUAUGAGUCAAAGUAUGAACUAUGGAGGCACCGGUGAUAACUAUGGAUCUUGCGCUAUCAUCGGAAGUUACAGUGGUUCUUUGCAACCAGCACACAGUUCCUACAACCUGAACCUGAGACUGAGACCACACGACUUUAGCCUUAACAAUAUUACUUUAUGAGAUUGUACGA